CGUCAUUGCGAGAGCGUCGAGCGAGCGAGCGUGCGGUGCUGCGUCUUGCUGAGUGAUCUCGAGGAUUCUCGGAGCCGAACCAAGUCCCGCUGAAUCAUAUACGUCCCUCCUCCCGCUCCGCGACGUUCGAGUAUACCUUGCAUCCUCGCGGGGAGGCCCUUAUCGCCCACCCCUUGCGCCGUGCGUCGACGGUGUCAAAGACCUUACCUGGAUUCCCCGACUCUCCCAGCCCCUUCGACCUGUGCCCUGCCCUCCCGUCCCGUCCCGUUAAUUGCGACGGCUCGGGCUCUCGCGACGAAACGCAUAUUAUCUUAUCCGGUGUCGCGCCUCGUGACGUAGCUCGCCUCCGGGUAUAAUUACUCGCCGGUAAUAAUUAGCCGCUAGGUGUGUGCGCGCCACAUCGUGAAAUCGUCGACUCGCCUCUCUCUUUCUGAAGCGGCGAGCCUGCCGUUUCACCGUGUCCAUCGUCCGACGAGGAGACUUCGACAUGGGUGUCGAGGACAAGAUGUCGGAGAAGAAUCCAGAGAUGAGGGAAACUGCCGCGAGGAUCUGUCGAGAUUACUUGCACGGCGUCUGGAAACACAUCACGGCGGAGAACAUUAUUCUUAAGCGCAUCAGCGGUGGCCUGAGCAACUGGCUGUACAACGUCCAGCUUCCCGAGGGCACGGUCCCGGUCAGGGGGGAGCCUCGCCAGGUACUGAUACGUCUGUACGGUCAGGUGCACGGCGAGAGGGCCCUGGAGGGCCUCAUCACGGAGUCCGUAAUCUUCACCCUGCUCUCCGAGAGGCGGCUCGGCCCCAAGCUGCACGGGGUGUUUCCCGGCGGUCGCAUAGAGGAGUACAUACCGGCGCGGCCUCUGCUGACCAAGGAGCUCGCGGACUCGACCCUGAGUCUGCUCAUCGCGGAGAAGAUGGGGCAGAUACACACGAUGCAGAUACCCAUCAGCAAGGAGCCCACGUGGAUAUGGGACACCAUGAACAACUGGCUCAACACGGCGACGGAUAUUCUCGAGAGCACUGAAGACAUCGACGGCCAGCAGUUGGAGAACGUCAGCGCGAUCAAGUGCAUAAAUCUCAAGGACGAGAUCAAUUGGCUCAGGACGAUUGUGACGCAGCACAAGCACCCGGUUACGUUCUGCCACAAUGAUAUGCAGGAGGGCAAUAUACUUCUGCUGCAAAACACGCGACAGCCCAAGUUAGUGCUCAUUGACUUCGAAUAUUGUUCCUACAACUAUCGGGGAUUCGAUAUCGCCAAUCAUUUCGCCGAAUGGCUAUACGACUACACGGCGCCGGAAUAUCCUUUCUUUCACGAGCGUCUGAGCGCGGGCCCCACGAAGGAGCAAAAGCUCAACUUCAUAAGAGCCUACCUGAGAACACUGGGGAAAGAAGGAUCUCUGGAGGAGGAGCGCAUCAUAAUGGAAGUGAAAAUAUUUUCGCUAGCUAGUCACUUAUUCUGGGGUCUCUGGAGCGUCGUAAACGCCAAACUCUCACAGAUACCGUUUGGCUACUGGGACUACGCUGCCUCCAGAUUGAAGAAUUAUACGUAUCUGAAAGAGAAGUUUCUCGCCUCUGGAUCACCAGUCUCGGAUGGCAGCCUGAAGAGAAAGUCUACGGAUAUAGACUGAAAGAAAGGGAUUUAAUAAGGGAGGAUGCAUUUGCAAGUUUAUACAACGUUUCGCUACGUACGUAGCUAAGCUUUGCUCCAUCGAUUCCAGCUGAUAGCUCCGACGAGCGGCGAAUAACUUGGCGCGAGUCAAGUCGUUAUUUCAUACAUCGCGAAAUAAUGUAGCGUGCUUUUUAACUGCAUUGUUUGCAAACGAUACGCAAUGUGAGCGAGAAGAAUAAGACCGAGAUCAAAUGGAAAGUCAAUCAUGUGAUAUAGGAUAAGCAUGUACUUAAACGUACGGGUCUUCGUUUAGUACUUGUGACUGCGUUCAUUCGAUUGAUUUCUAAAAGAGCAGAGUACGAAAGUGUACUUAAUUUUUCUCUUAUUCGAAAGACUUUUAAACAAAUGAUGCGAUAUUAGUCGACGCUUUGUUCGUUUUUAAUGAGCGUUGAGAAGAAGCUGAAUGUACAUACAGAAUUAUGUGCUCAAAUUGUGACAAAACCCGUGAUUUCGGAAGACAUUGUACAUUUAAUCUUUUUAGCUUUUAUAUAUAUUUAUUAUAAGAGUAUAUCUCAAAUUGUUGCCAAUCGUAUCAAGUCAAAUUCACGUACUUGUUUUACUUGUUACAUGUAACACGUAUAAAUUAAUUGUAAAUAGGGUUAAUUUACAAUAUUCGCUAUAUGUUAUUUUUACUCCGAGUCGUACAAUUCAUGUAUCGUAUUUAAGUAUAAGUACUUAAUAUUGUACGAAAGAGGACAGCAUUUAACAUUGAUUACCGAUAUCUACCAACGUAAUGCACCGACAUCUAGAAAAAUGUAUUUUCACGAAUUUCCAAAUAAAACAUUUACCUCUCGUUUCUA